ACAUAUGUUUGCCAUAACUGUCAAAUUGUGACAUUUGUGUACCAUCAAACAUUUAGCUGCAAAUUUACGUAAUUUGCCUUCGUUAAAUUAAAUUUUUUUGUAAAAAUUUCUUAAUUAAGGCAAAUUUUCGACAGCCAGAACAAAAUGGGUAAUGCAUAUGUACGUGCUACUCAUCCUGACACCAUGCCAGGACCGGACUGUGUACCCACAUUCGAUCCUCUCUUGGGUGCACCCAAUCGCAAAGAACGUGUCAUGAAAGCGACCACAGAAGAAAUGGUUUCUGCCAAACUGCCAUUAGCCGAUCGUGACUAUUGUGCCGAUAAGUUAUUGAAAUAUCGUGCCUGCCGUUCUGAUGUAUUCCCCUGGUUGUAUAAAUGUCAUCACGAGAAACAUGAAUACAUGACCUGUGAGUAUGAGGACUAUGUAUUGCGUAUGAAGGAAUUCGAACGUGAGAGAAGAUUGUUGGAACGUCAAAAGCGUUUAGAUGCUGCUGCCUAAGGUGUUAUCAACAUCUACUGCAAUUAGUUUAAUUUCUUUCUAUUGGAAGCUGGUACUCUAAAGUUUUCUUGGUGGGAAUACGAUAAUUACGAAGCCAACAAAGGAAGUGUUAAAAAAUUUUCAAUUGUUUAACAAUAAAUUUCUAAUAAUAAGUCCUAAAA